AUGGCAACAGGCUGGUUCCAGAAGACGAUUGCGGUGCGCGCCAAGGCCCGCGGCUGCCAUCUCGUGACGGACGACGUGGUGCGGGCGAUUGGAGCCGAAAAUCUGCGACCUUUCAAGAUUGGCCUCGCUCAUCUGUUUAUCUUGCACACCUCCGCCUCGCUUUCGAUCAACGAGAACUACGAUUCCGAUGUGCGGCGCGACAUGGAAGAUGCCCUCAAUCGCAUCGCCCCCGAAGAAGGCGUCAACUAUCGGCACUCGAUGGAGGGCAAGGACGACAUGCCUGCACACGUGAAGGCGUCGCUGUUGGGCGCUGGCCUGACCAUUCCCAUCACCGACGGGCGCUUCCACCUGGGCACCUGGCAGGGUAUCUGGCUGUGCGAGCAUCGCGACCACCCUUGGAAUGAAGCAGGACAGCUGAACGAGCGUCAAUCCACGCGGUGUAGAUACAUUGGCGCUGAACAUCGAUAUUUAUUGCCCCAUCGCAUUCCGUGUGUGUGUUGUGUGUGUUGUGUGUGUUGUGUGUGUGUUGCGGGAUGUGUUCAUGCUUCAGAAAGGAUUCGAAUUUAG